UGACUGCUACUCAGUCUCACUCACUCACUGCAGGAGGACAGCGCGUACGGUGCCCGGCGUCCGAGAGGAUUUACCAAACUUUCCCGCAUUUGCACUCGGGCUUCCUUUGAAGGUCUCCCUGUUUUAUUCCAACAUGAAGGAGCGAAGACUCACACAGCCGUUUGUAGGGAGGUGUAAGCUGGUGCUGGUUGGGGACGUCCAAUGCGGUAAAACAGCGAUGUUACAAGUCUUGGUGAAGGACUGCUAUCCAGAGACUUAUGUCCCUACUGUGUUUGAGAACUACACAGCCUGUCUGGAGCUUGAAGACCAGCGUGUGGAGCUCAGCCUUUGGGACACAUCAGGUUCUCCGUACUACGACAAUGUCAGGCCUCUCUGCUACAGCGACUCAGAUGCAGUCCUCUUAUGCUUUGACAUCAGCCGACCGGACACAGUAGACGGUGCACUCAAGAAGUGGAAAGCAGAAAUCCAGGACUUCUGCCCCAGCACUCGGAUCCUGCUAGUAGGCUGCAAGACGGAUCUGCGCACAGACGUGUGCACCCGCAUGGAGCUGUCCAAUCAGAAACAGGCUCCAAUCUCCCACGAACAGGGUUCAUCAUUAGCCAAGCAGCUUGGAGCCGAGGCUUACUUGGAGUGCUCAGCUUUCACAUCAGAGAAGAGCAUCCACAGUGUUUUCCGUACCGCGGCUCUGGCCUGCAUGAACAAACUCCAACCCACCAAUAAGCCCAGCCCAGUCCGGCGCCUCUCCAAGAGACUCCUACACCUGCCCAGCAAGACGGAACUCCUCUCCUCCACCUUCAGCAAGGACAAGUCCAAGAGCUGCUCCAUCAUGUGAAUACUACUGAGAUAAAUGUGGCAAAAGGACAAACGAACGAGACUGUAGCUGGCUCAGCGGGGGUGCCUGGUGUGCAAGGGAAAGAGAGCAAUUAUGUGGAUUUUUACAAAGCCUCGCUCUCUCUCCUUUGCAGCUUCCUCCUGCAAACUCCUGUCAACCGCUUCAAGAAAGAUCACUUUCUAUAUUCAACUCCAGUGCUGAAGUUUUGAUCAUGACUUGCCACCAGCAUAACAAUAUCUGCAGAGAGAGAGAAUUAUGUUUGAUGUUCAAUUAAACCAUGUGCUAGCAGAGCAUAACAGGCGCUUUAAGGUGCUGUGAAUCGUCUUGAAUAAGGUCACUACUGCCUCUUUACCAAAGGAAGGGUUUGUAACUAUUACAUCUGACUGCAUUUAAAAUUCUGAAGGCAGUGCCCUUUCCCAUCCAUCUUUGUUUGAAUGUCUGUCUGAGGUCACCGUAUGGGCUGAGUGACGAGAUUAAAUGUAAAAUCUGACAUCUGACAGGAAUUGGUAUCAACAGAAAUACGGUGCGGGAGAUUGAAAAUGGCAGGCCUUGGAGAAAUUCCUCUCCCAGCUGACCCCUCUCGGUAUAUCGGUUGGAAAUUAAAGCUGACAGUGGAGAAAAGGUGGAGAGAGAGGAGGGGUUUGGCGAGCAGAGCGCUCAUUUGCAAAGGCAGCGGGAGGACAAACCGAGAGCUCGUCUGAAGGAGCACAAUGUGACUCAGCACUCACAUGAUCUGCAAAACAGUCACGGGUUGGACGUGCUGUGCUUAAAAACAAAUAAACAAACACGUGCAUGUCUUUGUGGAUUCUCUGCCAUUACCCAUCAUCACCCACCACGGCAGUCUUUUGUUCAGUGUUACUAACCACAGGCCUUUAUUAUGGCACUGAUGAAUCAUCUUACCCUGCUUAAUGGAUAUGAAGUUGUUCUUGCUGGGCCUUCAUCGAUUACACAAAGAUGUCCUUUUACACAACACAAACUCGAUAGAUGUAUUUUAGUGUACCAAAAGAAAUCUUUCUUUUCAAAUCUCUCUCCUGCUAGACGUUUAAGGAUAAGUAGUCCUGGGAGGCUUAGGAGCCAUAAACGUGCUUAUCAGGGUUCAUGAACUCCAGGGGCUGAUUUUAAGGGGUAUGCAACUGAUUAGCAAUUUUACCAACAGAAAAUUGCCUGAUGGACAAUGGACUGUUAAAAAAGGAAAACCAAAAUUGGGUCAUACUUUUCUUCUUCUUUUCAAAAAUCUUGACACAGGCCUACAAUUUCAAUAAUGAAACCUCCAUUAUAAUUUCUAAGCUGGAAAGGUGGCUAAUGUUCAUUCUCAAUGGGCCCAAAAUUGUAUAAUUGUGUGGAACAUUAGGAUAACUCACAAAAGAAGAAGCCUAGACCUUUUCCUUUUCUUAUGACAGCAAAUGAGUCUUCUCUUUUUUUUUACAUCCAUGCUAGUGGUAGCUAAUCAAGCCUUGCAUUGAUUAGCUACCAAUCUUCAAGUAUUAAGAAACACUUGAAGAUUGCUUGUCUGGUGCUUCAACCACAAAACAUUUUCCAGCUUCAUGAACUUUCUGGCACAGUAUCCGCUCUUUAACUCUUUAAAUCUGCCUGCUUAUAGAAUAAAAUGACUGGGUGUGCAUCAGAAGUUAGUGAGGGUGAUCUCGGCCUAUGCAGCUAUGCUUGGAAAAACCCAGAAACUGCUCUAAAUGUUGUCAAACCCUGGCUUUAUUCAUAUAUACUGAGGUGCUAAAAGUCAUCAUUAAGGGACAAGGGAGGUUGUCAAAUGCAAUUUCAAUGGGGACGUUAAGCAGUAGUUUGUCCCAAAAGCUGUUAA